UCGCAGGCCGUCGCUUGCUCUACCACAGCAGCCGCCGCAAACGACGCCCUCUUUUCUCUGUCUCCCUCCCUCCUCCUGCCGCUCACAUCAAAAUCCUUCUCUCUCUCGCGGCGCUCGGCUGAAGCCCAGCCAUGUCCGUCCCCGGCGUCGCCUCCCGCGCCGCCGACCGCUUCUACUGCCCGCCGCCGCGCCGCCACCUGCUCCACCACCACCACAACCAGGCGUCUAAGGCGGCGGCGGCGGCUGUAGAGAGGCAGCCGAGGAGCGCCGCGGCGGCGGCGAAGGAGGAGGAGGAGGAGACCAAUCUCGAGUGCUUCAUCGCGUCCACGGCCGUCCGCGUUCCCGCGCAUCGGCUCCCCCGGACGAGCUCGAGCUCGCGGGAGAGGGGAGCGGCCGGGGCGCCGCCGUACUACGAGCUCGCGGAUCUGUGGGAGGCGUUCGCGGAGUGGAGCGCCUAUGGCGCCGGCGUGCCGCUCCUGCUCAAUGGCACGGACGGCGUCGUGCAGUACUACGUCCCCUUCCUGUCGGCUAUCCAGCUGUUCGCUGCCCGGCCGCCGUCGUCAACCUCAGGUAGACUUGGUGAAGAUAGUGAUGGUGAGAGUGCUCAGGAUAUGAGCAGUGAGAGCGACCAUGAGCAUUUAAGAUGCCGAUGUUUAGUUAACAGUAUUUCUGCAGAUCAAGAUGGUUUCUCCAGUGAUGAUAGUGAGUCUGGCAACCAGGAAUUGUACCCUGUUUUCCAAUAUAUGGAGCAUGAUGCACCAUAUGGAAGACAACCUUUAGCAGACAUGAUAUCAUUACUUGCUAAUAGAUUUCCUGAUUUAAGAACAUAUAAGAGCUGUGAUCUUCUACCAUCCAGUUGGAUUUCUGUAGCAUGGUAUCCCAUAUACAGGAUACCGACAGGACCAACAUUGAAAGAUUUGGAUGCUUGCUUUUUAACAUUCCAUUCACUAUCUACACCAGCGGAAGGUACACUAAGUGGGCAUCCUGAGACAAAUGUUUUCCAUGAUAGCAAAAUUUAUGAUGUUCCUGGAAAGGUCACACUGCCUCUCAUUGGUCUAGCAUCACACAAGUUUAAUGGUUCCAUGUGGACAUCAAAUCAAGAGCAUGAGCAACAGUUAACUAAGUCGCUCCUGAAAGCUGCAGAUGACUGGCUUUGCCAGCGGCGAGUCAAUCAUCCCGAUUACCGCUUCUUCCUUUCACACUAAUACACAUGUUUGUGAAAGUUCCCUGCGUUUUGGCAAAUAGCUCAGCCAGAUGCCCACUAAUUAAGUGAUGAACUUAACAUACUGCCAUUGAGUCCACGGGCACUGAUAUCAUUAUCUCUUUUUUUAUUAUUAUUAUGGGGCUUCAUUUAUGUUAUAGCCCCAUAUUUAUUUUUACCUAGAUCUGCUUAGUUCACUGGUAUUUUGGGUUACUUUAUAGUAACUAGUUAGAUAGGGGUCACCAGAAUUAUUUAGCAUCUCGUAAGAUGCUUUUGAGUGGAUGGUAUGUGGCAGAGCUAGGUAGGCAGUGAGUGGUUAGAGAUGUAUAUCGGUCUGCUUCAGAUAUAGUGAUGAUGAUGAUAAAGUAUUUCAACAUUUUGUUUUAAUUGGGAUAUGUUUGCUCUUUUGUGCCUGCAUGGGUUUGAGAUUACUGUAACUUAUAAUUGAUAUUUGACAUGUGAGAAUAAAGUGAUAUAUGGUUGAAGCAUA